AUGGAUAAAGCAAAAUUAGAACUAAAAAAUGAAGAGUUAGAAACAAAGGUAGAAGAAUUAGAUGAUGAGUAUCAAAUGUUUGAAAUAGUAUUGAAAUAUAAUGUUGCAAUGGAAAAAUUUCUGGAUCAAAUAGACUUGUUAGAAAAUAAAUUGUUGGCUAAAAAUCAAGAAAUAAACUGGAAAGAUUAUUUAGCAACCAAAGAAUUGCCAGCUUUACCAAAGCAAUAA